GUGAAAUAAGAAGCAAAACGUCAUAUUUCUACAAAGAAAAAUAAACAAAAUGUGAAAUCGUUUCGUGAUAGAAAUAUUUAUCAAUAAGAUGAGUAAACCAGACGUAAAAAGUUUAUUGAAAAAUGUUUAUAAGGACAAAGUAUUCACUUCUGUUGCGUCAGCAGUUGUUUUAUUUUCAUUAUUUAUUGGAAUUUAUAUUAGCUUUAUUUUAGGAUUUUUCAUAUUUUUAUCAUAUUUAUGUGGCUGUGUCAUAACAAUAUCAUUACUAAAUCAUCAGCAAUCCGUUUCGAAAAUUUUGCAAUACUCAAAAGAUUGGCUAGGAUACAAACAGACCGAUGAGUCAAAAAACCAGUCAGAUUGUGAUAUAUGCGGAGAGAAAAAAUGCUCUCGGCAUCUAAACAUUCCAUCUUGGAAGGGACUAUUCGUUGAUCAAGGACUAGAUGAAGCUGUCGAUCGUUUUUACACACGAAUAUUGACUAGUUUUGUCGAAAGUUGGUUCUCGUUGCUGUCGAAAGAUGAGGAUUUUGUUCAAGCGUUAAAACAGAAUUUACGAGAGGCAACAUGUCGACUGAUCAUCAAAUUGAAAGAACUCAAUGCACCCGAAUUGCUGACAAACAAAUUACUUCCAUGCAUCUUCUCUCAUUACGAGACAAUAAAAAAAUUACUGGACGACGGUGUUUCGCUCGACAAGCUGGCGAAAACUGUUGUCCUCAAUGACCGGGCUGUACAUUUAGCUGUGUUAAACAGACAAACCGAAAUCGAUUAUUUGCGAUCGGUUUCGACGUUCCUAAUUCCACGACUCUCAAGCAACGAAAAUUUCAACAGCAAAGUGUUUUUCAGCUUGGUUCGUGAACUGUUGACUUGUUGGGUGUUGCUGCCGCUAAUGGAUGUGAUUUCCGAUCCGAAUUUGAUAAAUUUAUUGAUCAUUUUGGCAACAAAUAAAUCAAACAAUUCGGUGAUGAAGAAACCACAGGAGAAAGUUCCUUUUCUCGACAAAUUUGCCCAAAGGAACUACACGCCAUCUGAAUCCGACUGUAAUGACGAGAGUUUCCUGACCGAUCAAAAGCAACUGUAUUCGUUUAUGCAAUUUUUAAAGAAGGACGGCGAAGUUGAUUUGCUUCGCUUUUAUUUGGAUGUAGACAAUUUGAACAAUGAUCUUCAAGCACUAGGAUCGACAGAUCCCACCAAAUUGUCAGUACUCUUCCAACAGUCGGAAAAGCUAAUGAAAACCUACCAGACCUUAGCUGAGAAUGAGAAACGUCAGCCUGCAACCACUUUGAUUGAGGCUCACGAAGAUGUAAAACGAAUAUUACAUGAGAAAUGGAAAAAUGUCUUUCACACCACACCUGAAUAUUUCCGUCUGAAGUAUGGCAGUAACGAGUUACACGAAAUUGAAGAUGCGCGACCACCGGAAGCACAAUCGGUUUUCCGGCUGGGAUCGAAAUUGAAAGGUGCCAUUCGCGGUGCACCGACAUCUGUGGAAGCCACUGAAGUGCCAACCGUAUGGGAUGCAUUCACCGACGAGCCAGCGUUGGCCCGAGAUAACUCUUCCAACAUUUACAGUUCAGUGGCACAGAAAUUACGAAAAGAACGAGGUCAAAAUUUGGAAAACUUUGUCACGAACUUCAUGCAAUCGAUCGAACCGAACAUCGCUGACGUUGGCGAAGAUGUCAUUCUGAUGAAUGAAAAGAAAACUGUUCCGAAGAAACCGCAGCCACCCGGACGGAAUUUCGUCUUUGGAGAUUUAUUCGAACUGAAAUAUCAUCCGAAGUACUUGAAUCAAACGGUUCAAGUACAUAAUGUUCGUGGGCCCUCGCAGUGUUUGAUUUAUAUUCUGGUGAAAAUACUCAACACGCCAAUGAUUUUUGUGAAAUUCAUCUUAGCGCUGAUCAACAUUUCCCAGAAAUUUAUCGAUGGUAUCAUCAAUCUGCUGAUUGACAAAUUAAUCAAAUUUGGUUUGUAUGAACCACGUCUGACAGUGUUGAUCAAUGAAUUGGAAAAUCAGUUAUUCGGUCCAAAACAACCCGAUCCCAGUAUUACAGAGCUUCUGGAACGACAACGACAGGCGAAACUACGACUCGAGAAAGUCCGAAAAAGUUUAGGAAAUGUGGCUGACAUUCUCCAAUCGCCAGCAUUAAAUAAACACUUGAUGUACUGUCUAUUCGAUAUUAUUGUGCUCGAAAUUUAUCCGGAACUUGCAACCAAGGAAUAACAAUUUUUGUUUGUUUAGAAA